AUGGUAGAAAGAAAACACAAGUACCUUCUUGAGACUGCUAGGGCCCUGCUUUUCCAAUCAAAAUUACCUUUGAAGUUCUGGGGAGAAUACUCUCUUGACACCACCAAUACUCCACUUGUUCCUCAUCCUGACUCUUUUCCUUCUCACUCUCCUGAUUCCUUUCCUUCUCUCUCUCCUGAAUUACAAUCCUCCCAUGCUUCUCCAUCUGUAUCUCCACCACCUGCUUCUUCAUCUGAAUCUCCACCACCUGAGCAUGCACCUACACUUAGGAGAUAUCAGAGAGAACAUCACCUGCCUUCUCACUUACAAGACUAUGUUUGCUUUAUCCCCAAGUUAAGCUCAGACAUUCCUGCUACCUCAUCCUCAUCUCUUGCUGCUUUAUUUUCUUUGCAUCAUAUUUCACCUGAAUCCCUAGUUCAUGAUAGUCAUUCAUUUGUGAUGAAUGAUUUGGUUCCAUUACCUUCAGGAAAGAAGGCCAUUGAUUGUAGGUGGGUUUACAAGGUGAAACACAAAGCAGAUGGGAGCAUUGAAAGGUUCAAAGCAAGACUAGUAGUCAAGGGGUACACACAACAAACUGGUGUGGACUAUACUGAAACUUUCUCACCUGCUGUGAAGUUAACUGCAGUUAGGGCUCAUAUUGCCACUGCAGUAAAGAGGAAGUGGAUCAUUUCUCAACUUGAUAUCAAUAACGCUUUCCUCCAUAGGGACUUGCAUGAGGAAGUCUACAUGGAAAUUCCCCCAGGCAUUGAGGUGCCCACUCCAUGUGUUGUUUGUAGACUGAACAAAUCUCUCUAUGGGUUGAAGCAAGCUAGUAGGCAAUGGUAUGCCAAGCUAGCCGAGGCAUUAUACUCCAGAGGCUAUGUGCAUUCCCUCCAUGAUUAUUCCUUAUUUUGCAAAAGAACAAACUCCUCCACUAUGUACAUAGAUAUCUAUGUUGAUGAUGUGCUUAUCAUAGGGACAGACAUGGAAGAGGUCAAUCAGUUGAAAAGUUUCCUACAUAAUACCUUCAAAAUCAAAGAUAUGGACAAAUUACAUUACUUUCUGGGCUUAGAGGUUAUUUAUAAAACCGAUGGGGUUCUUAUCUCACAAAGAAAAUUUGCUCUUGAUCUCCUCAAAGAAUAUGAUUGUAUGUCCUAUAGUGGACUGUCAUCCCCCCUUGAUCCCUCUAUUCAGUUGCAGGCUAAGGACCCCAGGGAACCUCAUCUUAAGGUUGUUUUUCACUUGUUACGAUAUCUAAGAAGUGACCCUACACUAGGAAUCUUCUUCUCUAAUGAUCCAGACUGCACUACUCAGGCCUAUUGUGACUCUGAUUGGGCUGCUUGUCCAGACUCCAGAAGAAAGGACAAGGAUCUGGAACAACAUGAACCAGUAAUGCUGGUGCUACUCAACCAUCACAGGCUGCUCAAACAACAACUCAACAAUCAGGUCCUACAAGUGAUUUUGGAACUACCAGGGCCAGAAAUACUCAACCAUCAGCUGUUGCAAGUGCAUAUGUAA